AUGGGAAACUCCACAGAGUACGAGGGAAAACAGAGUUCACAUCACUUUUCCAUUAAGUCACCCUGUUCUUCUUCACCCUGUCAAAACGGAGGCACCUGUGUGGCGAACUACAAAUAUGACACAUUUGAAUGCCUUUGUAACAAAGAUUUCUCUGGAAAAAGUUGUGAAAAAGUUGCAGCAGUUCUUGCGUCUUGCAGGAAACUCCAUGAUGUAUACAUGUCGUUGGUGAGUCAGCUGGUUACGCUCCAUGUUGACUCAAAACCAAUUUCUGUUUUCUGUCAUAUGGGAGAUUUUGGAUGUGGAGAUGGAGGAUGGACGCCGGUCAUGAAGAUUGACGGCAGCAAGGUAUGGCAUUUACAGGCUUUUUCUUAGAGAGCUGAGAGCUGCAAAAUUUAAUGGUUUUCGAGAAAUGGGCAGACAGAUCGCCCACGCUUAACUGAUAACUGAUGAGAUUACAGCUCCCUCAUCACGACUCGCAUGAAGAAAGAAACCGAACGUUUUUUGGGAAGUUAUGCUCAUAAGAUGAACCUCAAUGCCGCGUUUUAUAAUGUUAUAAUUUUCG